CUGCAAAUGGAGAAACGAUGCAAAGCACAAAACGACGCAUACCAAGAAAACACCUGCAAAAGAAAAACGCUGCAUAAAAAGUCACCACAACGGAAGUGCUCCAAACCUGCAGGGGGCGCUCUCAGUGUAACAGCUCAAUGGAGAGACACACCGGCUGGAGAGAGACAGGUACUCCUUAUGAGAGAGACGGAAAACGACUAUAAAUUACAGCGGGAACAAAUUAUUGUUACGGCCAAUAUGUUUUGUCCUUACUGCGGACACGAUCUGGGAACUACCGAUGUACCAAUGUCCUGUGGCUCAUGUGGCUCCAGUGUGCAUUUUUUAGCAGAAUAUGCAGACGGGUCAGCAUCAGAUGUCCUCACAGAUGACCUAAUAAGAAGAUAUUUUAAUGAGAGCUACAGCAAUGCGGAGAUUUUGGAUUUUUUAGCUUCUAAACACAAUGUGCACAUGAGCCUUCGCUCCUUGAAGAGGAAGCUGAAUAUGCUGUCUUUGUUCAGACAAAAGAACUACUCUACUCUUGCCAGUGUUUGUGGGGCCAUACAGGAGGAGUUAAAGGGUCCAGGGCAACACUAUGGCUACCGUUCAAUGUGGCAGACAUUGCGCCUAAAAUACUCGCUGACAGUUAGGAGGGAUGAUGUUAUGCGAGUUUACACUUCUGAUGGACCGAACCAUGUGUGGCAUGUGGAUGGAUACGAUAAGUUGAAACCAUACGGUUUUGGAAUCAGUGGCUGCAUAGAUGGAUACUCGCGAAAGGUGCUGUGGUUGAAAUGUGGAGCAAGCAACAAUGACCCAGUGGUCAUUGCCCAGAAUUACAUGAACUGCCUGACAGAAUAUGGAAUCAUUCCAAUGCGACUUCGUACUGACUGUGGCACUGAAAAUGGCACAAUGGCAGCAAUUCAGUGUGCCUUAAGAUCAUCUCACACUGACGACUAUGCUGGGGCUGCUAGUCAUUUGUAUGGCUCUUCAAUGGCAAACCAAAGAAUUGAAAGCUGGUGGUCUUAUUUUCGCAAACAAAGGUCUCAAUUUUGGAUGGACCUUAUGAAUGAUUUGAGAGAGCGAAAUCUCUUUAACAGCAGUCAUGAGCACACAUGCCUCCUGCGAUUUGCAUUUAUGGAUAUGCUACAACAUGACCUUGAUGAAUGCAGAAAAAAGUGGAACACUCAUACAAUAAGACCUGCUAAACAGUCUCGUUGUCCAUCUGGGAAACCAGAGGUCAUGUACAGCCUACCUCACAGGUUUGGUGGAACUGACUGUGGGUUUCCGGUUUCACUGGAGGAACUGGGGCCAUUUCAGAUUGAGGCAACACACAGUUCAUGUGGAGAUCGUCAUCUCCAGUCACACUUUGAGGAUCUACAAAGACAGAGUGGUCUAAUGCAGCCAAUGACCUGGGAGACCUGUGUGGAACUUUAUAUUAGAUUGAAGAACAUGGCUGAGUUGUAACAUCACUAAUACAGGUAAUAACUGUUGAACUUCAGACACUAAAGGUCAACCUAUCAGUUAUACAAUAAAAAAAUUAGUACAGUCCAAAACCAGGAGAGUUUUGUAUUCCAAAGUCCAUGUCCUUUUGAAACUCUUCAUAAGUUGUUGACAAUGGAAUUUCCAUGGUGUUUGCACAGGUUCUGCUGCAUGGGAAGCGAGACACCCUUUGAAACACCAACUUUGGUCUUGGCUUAAUCCCAGAUGGGGGCAGAGAACAGAGUCCUGUGGCGAACAUCAGGAUGUCAGGGAGGGAGAGUCCUGUUUGUUUAUCUUGGGAGGAAAAAAAAAAGCAUUAUUGAUCAUGUUCUUAAAAUGUGUUUUAUUAAAGUUGUUAUUCAUACAAGA